AGCUGGCAGGCCCGGGCCGCCCGUCUUUGUACCGAGACCACUGAGACGAGCGCGAGCGCGGAGCCGCAGCCGCUCUGCCGCCCCGGCUUGGGAAGAAAUCUCCAUGAACUGUUCCUAAAGAAGCACUGAUCCUGCCUGCAAGACUUUCUUUUUUAAUUUUCUUUUUUUUUUUUUUGCACGGCCAAGACACCGAUCAGUGUUCAGUGAAGGUCACAUUUUAUAGCGAUCUUCACUUUUUUUUUUUUUUGGUCUUACAUUAUCUUUUUUUUAAUAGAUUUUUUUGUUGUUGUUGUUACCAACAUGGUGCUGGGAAAGGUGAAGAAUCUGACCAUAAACUUCGACUGUCUGAAUGACAGCAAUGUCCCCGUGUAUUCCAGCGGGGAUACUGUCUCAGGAAGGGUGAAUUUAGAAGUGACUGGGGAAAUCAGAGUCAAAUCUCUGAAAAUUCAUGCGAGAGGACAUGCAAAAGUACGCUGGACCGAAUCGAGAAACGCCGGCUCCAAUACUGCCUACACCCAGAAUUACACGGAAGAAGUCGAGUAUUUCAACCAUAAAGACAUCUUAAUAGGACACGAAAGAGAUGAAGAUAAUUCGGAAGAAGGCUUCCACACGAUUUCUUCGGGAAGGCACGAGUAUGCUUUUAGCUUCGAGCUUCCACAGACACCACUUGCUACCUCAUUCGAAGGCCGACAUGGCAGUGUGCGCUAUUGGGUGAGAGCCGAGUUGCACAGGCCUUGGCUUCUACCAGUAAAGUUAAAGAAGGAAUUUACAGUCUUUGAGCAUAUAGAUAUCAACACUCCUUCAUUACUGUCACCCCAAGCAGGCACGAAAGAAAAGACCCUGUGUUGCUGGUUCUGUACCUCAGGCCCAAUCUCCUUAAGUGCCAAAAUCGAGAGGAAGGGCUAUACCCCAGGUGAAUCAAUUCAGAUAUUUGCUGAAAUUGAGAAUUGUUCUUCCCGAAUGGUGGUGCCAAAGGCAGCCAUUUACCAAACACAGGCCUUCUACGCCAAAGGGAAGAUGAAGGAAGUCAAACAGCUGGUCGCCAACCUGCGCGGGGAAUCCUUGUCUUCUGGAAAGACAGAGACGUGGAACGGCAAACUGCUGAAAAUUCCACCAGUUUCUCCCUCAAUCCUUGAUUGUAGUAUCAUCCGUGUGGAAUAUUCACUAAUGGUGUACGUGGAUAUUCCUGGAGCUAUGGAUCUAUUUCUUAAUUUGCCACUUGUCAUUGGUACCAUUCCUCUACAUCCAUUUGGCAGCAGAACCUCAAGUGUCAGCAGUCAGUGUAGCAUGAAUAUGAACUGGCUGGGUUUAUCCCUUCCUGAAAGACCUGAAGCGCCACCCAGCUAUGCCGAAGUGGUGACGGAGGAACAAAGGCGGACCAAUCUGGCACCAGUGAGUGCCUGUGAUGACUUUGAGAGAGCGCUUCAAGGACCACUGUUUGCAUAUAUCCAGGAGUUUCGGUUCUUGCCUCCACCUCUAUAUUCAGAGAUUGAUCCAAAUCCUGAUCAGUCAGCAGAUGAUAGGCCAUCAUGCCCCUCUCGUUGAAGGAACACUUGGUUGAAUCAAGUUGAUGUAGGUUCUGAACUCUCUCUCUUCCGGCUGAGGACACAGAAGUAUCUUGGAGACACGUUUUCAGAGGAAGUGGAAUGCUUUUGCCCAGAAAAAUGGCGAAUACAUGAAACAAGCAAUGAUGAUACUCUAGAAGCCUGAACGGCAGCAUCCUGGGACUGCUCCAACAUGCCUGAAGAUCUGAGUUUUCCUCCUUUAAGACUGGCACCUACUGAGAGCAGUCUUCUUAGCCUAGGGUCAUAUGUGGCAAGACACCACGUUGCAAAGAGGGAUGAUUUCCUUCUUUUGAUUUGAAAAUUUGCACAUGCUCAAUGCUUAACAUUGUGCGGUUCGAUGUCACUACAGCUUUUUUUUUUUUUAAUUUCUGCCAGACUCUUGAUACUCUUUUAAAACUUGUUUGUGAUCAGCACGACAAGGAACAAAAGAAAGCUUUGAGAAAAAUUUAACAUGAGAAACACGCACUGGCCUUUUGUGUUUUAUUUAAUAUAGCCUGGACUUGACCUGCGUAUGCACAUGCUCGGAAUCGUCCUCCUGGCUGACCAGGUGUCACCGCCGCAGCUUGGAUCCUGUUGUGGAUUUAUUUACAAACAUCAAAUGCCUUCAAGCCAAUCCUUUCGCUGUAUGUUUUGCAGCCUACUGUAGUAGAUACGCAACAGAUACGUGGGGGGGAAGCGUAAGGGGAGGAGCUAAUAAGAGACUUGUCAAGAUUGUAUACCUUCCUGGUUUCUUUUAAGAAUGUGUUGCCUUUCUACUAUUGCAGCAAAGCAGCAUUUUGUUACUGACUGCCUAAAAUCACUUAAUCUCAGGUGAACGCAUCACUUGCCAAACUGUUGGAAUGCUAUUUGUGUUUUGUUGCACUGUUGAGUUAUUUUGUUGUUGUUUAUUUGGUUGGUUUUUUGGAGAGGGAAAUUUGGAGACGGGACAUACACAAAAGUGAUAACCCACCCACAUCCCCUUUUUAUCAUUACAUAAAAGAAGAAACUAGCAGAACUAAGAGUGGAUUAUAGAAAGGCAGUGUGGCAAGCACCAGCAAACAGCUGAGGGCUAUUGCUCUUGAAAAUUAUUUUUUUUAUUAUUAUUUUAGAAGUAUGGAAAUUUACCAGUCACUGGGGAAAGUGCAUUUAUUUUUAUAUAGAGCUACUUAAUUACCUCCGGAACACAUAUGUUGGAAAUCAUUUUUGCUGAGGCACGAUGUUUUAAUGAACAAGAAUGUAGAAGUUGAGGCUCACAUUGGAGAGCUCAAGUUACACAUUUGCUUUGCUACUCCAUCUUGGCAGACUGUGAGAACCCAAGUUAUUCCAAAAGUGUCUAACUUUGUGAUUACAAAUGUUGGGGUGUUUGCUGGGGUAGCAGCUUCAGUUGUGUGUGGGAUAAGUCUGCAAGUGAAUAAAAAUGCUGUUUCCAAUUACCUACACAACAGUUAACACAAGAAAUCACUUAUUUUGAGUUUAUAUAGAGAAGAUGGGAAGAACAGUCAUUUAAAGGUAAUUAACAGUUGGCUCAUAACAAAUAUACCAGCAUUCAUAACAUUUGAAACUACAUAUUCCAAGGUACCGAGUGUACUGGUUUUGUUCAUUCAGAAAGAACUCGGCUCUGAUGUUUCUAAUGCAAAUCAGCAUCUCAUGUUGCAACAUAUGUGUGAAACGGGUAGUACAUCUAUCCUCCCAUUUAACCCCACGUUAAUAAAGUGGCUGAAAAUAACAGUAACUCUGGCUUGGUGCUUGACCUGGUUAAAUACUGUCUUAAAGCUUCAUACAAAACAAAUAGGCUUUUCCAUAAGUGGCCUUUAAGAAAACAUGGAAGAAAAUUCAUGUUUGAAAAAUGCUGACAGGGUGAAGAAAGCCCAGUGUAAAAUGAAUCGCGUUUUAAGUGAUUCAGUUAAAGGGUUGGGCUCCCGUAGCAAACUAAUGUUAGAUAAUAAGGAAAUGGGGGUGAAAUAUUUUUUUAUUGUUGUUAAAUCAUUUUGUGAAUGUCCCCCUCAAAAGAAGCUAAUGGAAUAUUUGGCAUUAAGGGCAUUUGGUGGUUUUGUUUUUGUUUAGGGGGAUUAUCCAGAAAAUCCCUUUUCUCCCUUCUCAUGUCUAAGACUAGGGAACAAUUGUUGAUAUGCAUAGCAUUGGAUUAUUGAUCAUCAUACACUCUUAAAAAUGAGACGUGAAGCAAGAACGACCAAUAUUCUGAUCAUUGGCACUGGAUCACAAGUUGUGAUCAUUUUUAAAUUUAUGAAACUUUGUUAAAUAAAGUUUUGUCCACUAAAAUAUUUCCUUACUCUCAUUUAGAGGCAUUACUUUCUUUUAAAUAUUGGUCAAUUCCUGACAUGAUGUGAGGUUCACAGCUGUAUUCCAGUAUUCAUGAUAGACUCCUGAUUUUUCAAUUAGGAAAAGAUCCAAAAUGUUAGCAAAACAAAGUGCAAUAUUAAAUGUUUGCUUUAUAGAUUAUAUUCUAUGGCUGUUUGUAAUUUUUCUCUUUUUUUCUUUUUAUUUGGUGCUGAAUAUGUCCUUGUAGGCUCUGUUUUAAGAAAACUAUGUGGGAAAUGAUUUAAUUAUUCCUAUUGCUCUUCCUUGUGGAAAAUAAAGUGUUUUUUUUUUCUUUUU